AUGGAGAGCUGGAGGAAUGCUGGUGUUUGCGAAGUGAAGAGAACUACAGAGACUGUCCAAACACACGUCUGUUUGCCAACUGGGAGCAUAUUCCUGUCUCUGUGCUGGGAGCCUCGCUGGCGGGCCGCUGAAUGGAGCCUCUUGUGCGGAGAGAGAGGAGAGACAACAGCGCUUAGUGCCACUGCCCUCUCCAGUCUUCUGGAAGCGCUACAAGAGGACUCUGUUACCCCGACUGAAAACCUAGAAACCUGUUAUCUGUGCUGCAAGACUUCCAGUGCUGCUCAUAUUGGUGUCGUUUGGCCUGCAGAGGUUCCCAUGAUGUCACCCAAUGGAUCCAUCCCACCCAUUCAUGUGCCUCCAGGCUACAUCUCCCAGGUGCUGGAAGACAACACGGGGGUCCGGAGGGUGGUGGUCACCCCUCAGUCUCCAGAGUGUUAUCCUCCCAGCUAUUCCCCUGCUAUCUCUCCAACCCAUCACUUACCUCCAUACAUGGCUCCACCACCUUUCAUCCCUAACUCACACACAGCCUUUUACCCGCCCGUCAGUCCCGGAGACAUUCCUCCACACCAGUACUACCAGCACCACCUCCCGCCCAUGUACAAUGAAGAGAUAAUUCCCGUGUAUGGGAUGAACUACAUUGGGCGAGAUGAACCGUACAAACCACCACCAAAGAAGAUGAAGGACAGACUGGAGCGUCAGAAUCGCCUCAACAGCCCUCCCUCCAUCUAUAAGAGCAACAUGAGCUGCAACAACAUGUACAAUGGCUACGGCAAGGUCCAUGGAAAUCUUGGAGGAGGCGGAGGAUCCAGUCCUGGAGCUAAAAAACCAACUCGUGGAGCUCGGAGCAGCCCAAGAUCCAGCGAGCCAGAACUACAAGAUCAUGAUUCAGAAGCAAAGAGAGUUCAGGAUGUUCUCUCGGGGAUGGAAAAACCACAGGUUUUAAAUAUUCAGUCUCGUACAGCUCGACUGACCUGGGCUCCACCAGCAGGCCUCCAGAACAGAGACAGGCACAGUAAUGGACACCCGUUUACCUGCAGCUACGAGGUCACUCUCUCAGACAAGGGUCGGAACGGCCAGUACCGCAUCAUCUAUAGUGGAGAGGAGUUGGAAUGCAAUUUAAAAGAUCUCAGACCAGCGACAGAUUACCACAUUAGAGUGAACGCUGUGUGCAAUUCUGUGAAGGGUUCGUGCUCGGAGGUGGGGGCCUUCACCACCCACAGCAGUACCCCAGACUGCCCGCUGCCCCCUAAACUGUCCCACCGCACAAAGAGCACGCUCACCCUGCAGUGGAAGGCACCAGUCGAUAAUGGAUCAAAAAUCAGCAGUUACCAUUUAGAGUGGGAUGAGGGCAAAAAGAACAACAGUUUCAGAGAAUGUUACUUCGGAAACCAAAGGCACUAUAAACUCACUCAUCUGUGUCCAGCCAUGGCCUACACGUUUCGGGUCGCGGCUCGCAACGACAUAGGAAUGAGUGGCUUCAGUCCUGAGGUGGUCUUCUACACCACUGGAAGUCUUCCUCAUCUGCCUCAUGCUCCUCGGCUGGUGCGUGCUGGCAUCACAUGGAUCACGCUGGAGUGGAGCCGGCCGGAUGGAUGUACAGCAGAGGAGCCUGUCACUUACACGCUGGAGAUCCAAGAAGAAAACGUUGGAACAGAGUUUCACCCAAAGUACACUGGAGAAAACUUGAUAUGUACUGUAGAGGGCUUGAAGAGAAGCACACAGUAUAAAUUCAGGCUUAUAGCCUCUAACAUGGAGGGCAGAAGCAGUCCCAGUGAGGUGCUGGUGUGUAAAACCAGUCCAGACAAACCCGGCCCACCCUCCAGACCCUGCGUCAGUGGCUCUGUCAGACCCUACAGCUUCAGUGUCAAAUGGGAUCCUCCACAAGACAACGGAGGUUCCGAAAUCUUGACAUACCUCUUGGAGAUUUCAGAAGGAAAUUCUGAUGCAAAUCAGUGGGACAUUGCGUACAGUGGUCCUGCCACAGAGUGUGAGUGUGAGGACUUGAAACCCGGCACAUUGUACAGACUGCGCACCUGCAGCAUCAGCACAGGCGGCCACAGCCAGUGCUCUGAGAGUCUGCCCGUACGUACACUAUCUGUAGCUCCAGGACGUUGUCUGCCUCCAAGAAUUGUGGGUAAAGCCAAACACAAAGAAGUGCACUUACAAUGGGACUGUCCUUCCUCUGAAGGGGCAUGCGAGGUGAGCGAGUACAGUUUGGAAAUGAGGGAGGGAGUGAUGGAGCCUGCUGAGGUCUAUCACGGUUCAGAUCUGGAGUGCACUGUGGGUAGUUUGCUCCCCGGCGCCACCUACAGCUUCCGCCUGCGCGCUGCCAAUGAGGCAGGGUAUGGUCAGUUCUCCGAACCAACAGAAAUAACAACUGCAGCUGGUCCUCCAAGCCAGUGUGCGGCGCCAUCCCUCACCUUAAUCUCCAAAACAUGUGUGCUGAUCGGCUGGGAGAGUCCAGAGAGCUCAGGGGCCGAUAUCUCCGAGUACCGUCUGGAAUGGGGCAGAGAGGAAGAACCCAUGGAGCUGAUCUACUGCGGCCCUGAAACACAGCGCGAGAUCUCAGACCUGACACCCGCCACGCGUUACUACUGCAGACUACAGGCAGCGAAUCAGGCAGGUGCAGGACCCUACAGUGAGCAUGUGAGCUGUCAGACACCCGCCACAGUGCCCGAUCCGGUCUCAGUGCUGUCUGUACUGGAGCAUGACCCCACCGACAGCGGCGUCUACUCGCCCUCCACGUGCCUGGCUUUGAAAUGGGACGAGCCCUGCAACAACGGAGCCGAGAUCAUGUCUUACACUCUUAAAAUGGGAGAGCAGCUCAUCAGCCUGAGCAACAGCACCUGCCAUGUGCUGCAAAACCUUCAGCCAGACACUGAAUACAGUCUGCAGAUUCAGGCAGUGAAUGAGAUUGGCGAGAGUCCCUUCUGCCCACCUCUGCGGGCCCGCACCAGGCCUCUGCCGCCUGUCCCGCCCCGACUGGAGUGCACCGCCGCUGGACCCCAGAGCCUCAAACUUAAGUGGGGGGACAGCAGCAAUGCCAAGAGCCUUCUGGGAGAAGAGAUGCUCUACAACUUACAGAUGGAGGAUAAGAACAGAAGGUUUGUCACAAUCUACAGGGGGCCAAGCCACACAUAUAAGGUACAGAGACUAAGCGAGUCAAGCAGUUACUGUCUCAGGAUUCAGGCUGUGAGUGAAGCAGGAGAAGGGCUUUUUUCUGAAGUUCACACCUUCAGCACCACCAAAUCUGUUCCUCCGGCUCUCAAAGCUCCCAAAGUGGUACAGAUGGAAGGGAAUGUGUGUGAGGUGAGCUGGGAGAGCAUCCCACCUAUGAGAGGAGACCCCAUCAUCUACAUCUUGCAGGUGCUGGUGGGCCGAGAGUCCGACUACAAACAGUUAUAUAAGGGAGAGGACACAAGCUUCCAGAUCUCGGGCCUGCAGAACAACACAGACUAUCGUUUCCGUGUGUACGUUUGUCGCCGAUGUCAGGACAGCACACAGGAACUGUGCGGGCCCCUCAGCCCACCCUCACUCUUCAGCUUGAGGCGCACCGAACUCGCCCUUCCCGGAGAACUGAGCUCCACCGAGACCCUGAGACCCAGCGGCAUGUUCUCCACAGACGAGCGCUUCGCCGCAGUCCUCGUCGGGGCAUUCGCAGCCCUGUCUUUCCUCAUCGCUUUUGUGGUGGAGUACUUCUUCAUGAAGUGAACAGAAAACAUUUACGCUUCGAGAAACACACGAACACUUAAAGUAUACAUCGGACGUGACGUACUGUAGGCUGAGUAUGUUAUACAGGCUCUCUCCUCGUCUUUCACACUCUUUUUCUCUCUCUUUCUGAUGCCUUCCAGCCUGCCCGUGCAUGGCUCGCGUGGAUUUCGCUCUGAACUCCCGGGGGAAGCAAAACCACAUCAUCAAGCCUUACGAAGAGUUGCGUGACAGCCUGUUUUUUGCAUGCUUUGUUAUUUCGUAUCCCUUUAAGUGUACGUAUAUGUCGGGAGGAAAAUGUAUCGCUAUUUUCUCCACGUUCACGGCCUUACUCUUGUUGUUUUUAUCCAAGUGCGCUUUGUUUCACAGCCAUACACAAGUUUUUGGAAUCAUAGCUUUUGCGAAAUGCUCACAGUUCACCCUGUUCCACAUUUGUUAGUUUUUUAAUACACCGUUUUCACCCCCAAUCCAUUUCAGAAUCACGACAUACUGUUAGCGUACCAUAGUAAGGCUGUUGUAAAAGCCCCCCCUGCAUUAAGCUGCCAAAGCAAGUUGCAAUCCAAGUGUGGUUUAAGUGAUGCUGCUAUUGUGUGUUUAUUAUUAUUAUUAUUAUUUUUCCUUCCUACAUACGGAAUCGGUUAUCUAAUAUAUAGAUAUAAAUAUAAGAUUCUAUAGAGCUAUUGUAAUAUAAAUAACUCGUUUGAAGUAGAUGUCUCUUUUGGAGCGUGUCAUUUCACAAUCUAUGGUGCUUUAUCUGUGGUCAGUAGUGGUUGGCGGAUGAGGGCGAAGGGAAGCCGAGUAACAACGCCACCACACACUCUUUCCGGUGAAUGAAACUGGCCAUCCAGUCCUAAGGUGCACGUUAUAGUCCUUUCCUCCAUUGAAUGUCUUGGCUAGGCAAGCUUCCCCCUCAUCUCUCUCUCUCUCAGACUGAUAUCAGGCACUGUGUGGCGUCUGUAGAUCCAGGAACCAGCUCAAUGGCUGGAUUCACAAUAGCCAGUGAGUGUGUAGCUGUGAAAACCCGCCUGUUCUCUCACUCUGUGAAUGCCCAAGACCUCGCCUCGAAUGUUUCAUCUUCUUUGAAUUCGUGAAAGCCAGUUGGACAUUUCUAAGGUGCUCUAUCGAGGUUCUCGUUCAUGCCAAAACAGCCUGAUGUACUUGCGGUGCAUCUCUAGCCAAGUAAAAAGGUACAAACCAGCAGUUCCCAUCAUCGAUCCAAAGAGUUUCUCCGACGCGCAGAACAGUUAGGGGGGGGGAAUAAAAAGGAUAACUAAAACUGACAGCCUGUAUUGUACCUCAGGGACAUGGACUUUUCAGAGGUGAAGUACAUACUAGAGGGUGCUGCCAAACACUAAAUGUUGCCGAAUGAGUUUUUGCUGUCAUCAGUAGCGUCAUUCCACGUGUUUAUUUGAUCUGUUUUUCUCACCUAAGCUGUGCCUUGCUCCAGUUCGUUCAUAAGCAAAUCGUUUACUAGCUCAGAAUACCUUUGCCAAAGUUAAUGGGAAAGUAAGGUAUACGUUCUUUAGGGUUAUUUAUACUAUCUAUUGCAUACAGUACUUUAAAUGGCAAUUAAAGUGCAAUCUUCAUUUAUUUAUUUUUCAAAACAAAUUAAGAGAUGUAGUUAUGUACGUUUUCUUUCUCUUUCUGUCUUGUAGCAUGUUUUUUUUUCUUUCUUUUAUCCAGUUAUUUUGUGUUGUAGAUUAACAAUUAAGGCCAGCAUUCCUUUCAUUCUGGUUGUGUUUAUGUCUUUCAUUAAUUGGGAACAUGUAGCAUGUACUGUACCAUGCUAAAAUAUUUACGUACAAUAUAUAAAUAUAUAUAUAACCAAAUCAUCUCCUAUCAGAAAGUGCCGAACUCCAACUAGUUGUAUUUUCAUAUAGAGAACCGUAGCAAAUGUUUAUUUCUUUUCUUUUUAUUUGAGAGUGUGUAAUGGGACAUACAGUACCAUACCGUACAUAGCUACAUUUUGGCAUUGUUAAAGAGUGUUAUGAUGCUUGUUAUCUUACUGUUUGCCAAAGCGGAGGCUUGUCCACUAUUAUGCUUUUUAUCGGUAUUUAAAGGGUUACUUGAGAAAUCCUUUUGUGACACUAGAACAUCAUUUCUUGAAAAGGAAAAACACGAGUUUAUAAGUUAAACUUCAUCUGUGACUACACGUUUUUUUUUUUAAGUAGUGAGAAUUGUGCGAUUUAUUUGAUUAAUCCUUAAGAGGUGAAAUCUUACAUGCUGUUUCACAUCGAAAGGAACGCAAAACAAUCCGACUGUUUUGACAUUUCUCAUUUUUUCUUUUUCUUUUUUGUUUUUUAAACGUGUCAUAGCGCAAUAGUGAAUUUAUCCAGUAUUUUUGCUAAGGAAUUAUAUAUAGAGAUAUAUAGAUAUAUAGUAUGUCAACUAACAGAAAUGAAGCACUUUUUAAAGCGAAACAUUAAUCUUUAUUUGAUUUAUCUUGAUAAAACUGUAUUUCCUAGUCGAUGUUGCUAUUGCUUUCAAAUCGAGAGUAUAAUGCAGUACGAAAUGUCUGUAAAACUGGCCCACACAGACUUGAAAUAUAUCUAGUCAAAAGUCUGAAAGUCCAUUGGUGUCCUUUAAAUGUUAAUGAUUUUUUUUUCUCCUUUGUAUAAGUAGUUUUUUUUUUCUUCUUUGGUCCUCACCGUUGAUCUCAACUGCUAUUUUAUUUCUCUCUCUCUCUUUUAUUGGUCCUUGUACAAUUUUCAAAAUACACACCUAUUUUUAUGGCCCAAGUACAGUUUUGUAUUUUUAUAUUGUAUUUUAUUCCGUUUAUCUCAGUUUUGUCUGUGCUCUGUUUUAAAUAUGAAAAAUGAAUUUGAGAAUGAUGCUUUGGAGAUCGAUCAGCUCUCAGUCAUCCCAGAGAAAUGUAUAGAACCAUAAGUGUUUUCAACUAUUUUCCAAAAAAGUGGAAAAUUUUUACCUCACAGUUUAAACAAAAACUAAAAAAAAAGAAGAAGAAAGGAAAUAUACAAAAACAUUCCAGGCUUGUCAUGAUCUACAAUUUUUAAAGUCAUAAAUUUCUUGUAUUGUAAAUGUUAGACAAUUUCAUAUGCAUAUAUAUAAAGAAACUGCCAUAUCAAUGUUAAUGUAUAGAUUUUUGCAAAUACUACCCUAUGUAUGUAAGACUUAACUGUAUCUGUAGUGUGUAUGUAAUAUAUUUAUACCCAA